CGAUUUGGCAAGCCACGUCAUUUUGUGUACAACAAACGAUCCUUUAAGUUUCGCACGAAAUGAAUAUAUUUCGACUUUUAGGGGAUUUAGCUCAUGUUUUAGCAAUAAUAAUCCUUCUUUUAAAAAUAUGGAAGACGAGGUCGUGUGCAGGUAUUUCUGGCAGGACUCAACUUUUGUUUGCACUGGUAUAUACGGCAAGAUAUCUUGAUUUAUUUACUUCCUAUAUAUCUGCCUACAACAGUGUAAUGAAAAUUUUAUUUCUUGCUUCUUCCUAUGGAACAAUAUACUUGAUGUUUGUAAAGUUUAAAGCAACUUAUGACCACAACCAUGAUACAUUCAGAAUUGAAUUUUUGGUUUUACCAUGUUUCAUACUUGCUUUGCUCAUAAAUCACGACUUUACACCACUAGAGCUUCUGUGGACAUUCAGUAUUUACUUGGAAUCAGUGGCUAUUUUACCUCAGUUGUUCAUGGUCUCAAAAACUGGUGAAGCAGAAAGCAUAACUUCUCACUAUCUUUUUGCCCUUGGAUCAUACAGAGCUUUAUAUCUAUUUAAUUGGGUGUACAGAUAUUAUGCUGAAAAUCAUUAUGACUGGAUAGCGAUCAUAUCUGGAAUCGUACAAACUGUGCUAUACUGUGAUUUUUUCUAUUUAUAUAUUACAAAAGUUCUCAAAGGAAAGAAACUGCAGUUACCAGCUUAAGGUGAUUACAAUACUACAUCAUGGGUCACAAAGAAUUAUAUUAUCAUGAGAACAUUCUCUCAUAUGUUUCUGUUUAAAGAAGCGUUUAAUAUGAGUUGACUGACUGACAGGUUUAUAUUUAUUUGAGUUUAUAUGCAAUAAUCAACAGCAGCCAGUAUUAUUAUUUUUUUGUUUUCAUUUUUAUUUCUGUCAUUUUUUCAACACAAUGUCAAAAUACAGAUUACGAUAUAAAUUGUAAAAUAAUUACUUAAACUGUAUAGUAGAUAAAUAUAAUAAUAGAAUUGGAUAUAUAGUACAUAUUGUAAUGUAGCAUAUGUAUUAAAAAAUAUAACAAAUUAGGAGAUGCUAUUGUAUAUAUUAUAUGUAUAUUCCUGCAGUGUUAUAAUUUAUUUUAAAAAUAGCUUGUAUAUUGUUUUAUUUUUGGGGCUCUAAAAUUGACUUAAAUUGUUGUUUUUUUAAAUAGAUGAUUUUCUCUUCUAAAAUAGUCCCGGGAGAAAUGAAUUACAUACAAUUUAAUAAUUAAGUGUAGACAAAGAAUUUUAAUUUUUAAACAUUUAUUUAUUUUAAUAAUCAAAUUCAAUUUCUAUUGGUUGGGUUAUUUAUAAAAUAAUUUGUGCGAAGAUUACAUUAAUUAUCCAUUAGAUCAUAACAAAUUGAUAAAACUUUAAUUAAUUCCCUUUGUGAGACCUCUGCUUAUUUAAUAGAAUGGAAUUAAUUUUGUUUAAUGAAAAUUAGCUUGCUGCUGUUGUACAGCAAUUUAUUUGUUGUGCAUGUUCUCCAUUACUCCAUUACUGCUUAUGGACAAUCGUGGAUCAUGUUUGUGGUUAUUAAAGGAUUAUUUUGUCAUUGAUAUCUUGGUCAAUAAGUUUAAUUAUGGUUUAAGUAAUUUUUAAUACUAAAGAAAUAAAUAUUUCAAUUAUAUUUCACAUGAUUUCAAAUAUUUAAAUAGAAAAAUUCUUGGUUUCUGUUUUAUUUUUCAUUAAUUAUACAGAUAAUGUAAGUUUUUAGCUUAAUAAGUCCAAAUAUUUAUUAUUGUUAUUUUUUCCCUAUCUUGAAAUUAUAUUAUUUUGCUAUAUUUAUAUUAAUGUAAACAAAUCCCUGUGAUGACCAUUAUUUGAAUUCAAUAAUUUGUUUUAGAUCUCUAUAUCAUUCAGCAAUUAUUUACUGUAAGUAGUUUCCAUUCCAUUUUGAGGUUUGUUAACAAAGCUCCAAUUUUUAAUACACUUAAAUAUUCAAAGUUUUGUUAUUUUUUAAAUUUAUUUCUUGCUUAACAGAAAUUAUUGUUAAUAUAUCCAUAAAUAUUUCUUGUUCCAACUUAAUUAUGUAAAACUAUUAAUUUUUAAUUAAAGAAUAAUUACAGAUCAAUCAUAGAUUUUGACUAUUCUGAAGCUUUGAACUGUAACCAUUUUUACAUUUUGAUAACAUUCAUUGUCUUGUAUUAAAAACUGUUCUGUUGGAUUUGUGUGAAGUAUAUGUAGUAAACAAUUGCUGAGGAACUGAAGGAAUUGUAUAUAUAUAAAUGUAUUUUUUAAUAAUGCUCCACUCAUUACUAAAGGUUCUUUUCAGCUCAGAAAAAUUAAGAGAUGUCUUAAAUUGGUGUGAAAAAAUCUUUCUUGUUCUUUAAACAUUAAGGUACUUUAUACACACUGAAGCUUAGUGUUUUCUGUACAGCUGUUUAACUUUAUUUAUUCAUUCUGUACCUGAAAACGAUCACCUACCCUAAGUUCUGAGAAGUAGCAGACCUCAACUUAAUGACAUAGUAUGGUAAUAUAUAUAAAAUGUGAACUUAUUGUUACGCAAAAUACUAAAGUUAUAUUCACACAUUAGUGUAUGCCAUUAGGUCAGUUAAUAAAAAUCAAAAUUAGGUUUUGAUAGUUAUAUAUUGAAUGUUUCUAGGAAUCUGUAUCCCUCUCUUCAGCAAUAUUUUAUUCUCCUAAACAAUAGGGUAAGUCACAACGAUAUAACAAGUUUAGUACAAUGUCUAAUUUCCAACUUAGAGGAUAUAUUUUUAGUUAAACUAUCAAAAGCUGAUUUUGAUUGUUAUAAUAUUGAACUUAAGGCAUACACUUAAGUGUGAAUAAAUAUUAAAAGAUAAAGGUCAAAAUUUAAAAAAUGCAUGCACAAUACUAAAGUGGGCACCUAUAAUGGUUUAUUUUGUUUGGUUUUUUGAAAUUCUAAUCUAGUUUGGUUACAACAAUCAAAUUAGAAAUAUUUGGCAUUCUAAUUGAUUGAUGUGAACUUCAUACUUAUUUGUUCAAAAACUUAAACUUUGUUAAAUUAAAUUAUUUGUUACAUGAAAUUUAUAUAUUAUAAGUUAUCUCCAAAACAUUUUAUAAAUAUUUUAUAGUAUUUAUAGAAAUGAACGAGAAAAUAUAAUCUUUAUUCCACGAAAAUGUUUUUUAUUUAUUUUUUGCAC